GUAAAUUGCUAAUUGCAGUAGAGACUCCAGUGUCAUUAAGAGUGUUACACUUGAAGAAUUUCAACAUAAAACAAUCAUGAAGCCCUUGGUCUUUACUGUAGUAGUCAUUGUACUAUUCUCAUUUUCACCUUCCGGAAAAGCUAAUGCUUUUGAUUCGGACUGUUGGAAUACAAUACUAUCAUGGUUCAUAAGUCCUGAUGUUCUAUGUGAACCGUGUACGGUCGAUCAAGUAUGUCUUUAUAAAGAAUGGGGUGGAUGGAAAUGCAUAAGUUUUGAGUAUGCAGGAUGUGUUAAGGCACCAGGAUGGUCCUCUUCAAAGCGGGAAUUAUGGUGCACCAAGCCAAAUACUUACGUCAUUUACAAGAACGGAGGAUCUAUUUAUGAGUUUCGGAAUAGAAAUUCAUAAAUUGAUCUAUGGGGUUAAAUUUUUUAUUUAAAGUAAAAUUUACCGUAAAAAGCUAUUCACUUAUAUGUCAAUAGAAUAUCAUUCUCUCAAAUGAUUUUAUAUAUUUUAAUCCAAAAACUUUGUAUGAACUCACUUCUUAAUAAAAAUAUUUCAUGUAUACACUAAAAUUAAAAAAAAUAUAUUUUCUGUAUGACCUAAACUGAAAAC